CAAUUCCCAGAGGACUGUGCGCUGGAGCGUUUCAGGCGGCCUUCUGAGGGGCUCUCCUAGUUUCAGCGUGUUGGGAUCUCUCCCAGCCGGAUGUAGUGUCCUGGCCUGGCGGGAGGGGCGGCCCAGUGGGGGUCGUGCCUCCUGGAGCCGCCCCGGGACGUGUGUCCUGGAGGAGGCGAGGGCUGCUGCAGUUAUUGAGAAUACUAUGAAUAAGUCAGAGAACUUGUUCUUUACUGGUUCUUCAUUGGCGUCCCAGGUUCAUGCCGCUGCUAUUAAUGGAGAUAAGGGUGUUCUUCACAGACUCAUCAUAGGAAAUUCUGCCCUUAAAGACAAGGAAGAUCAAUUUGGGAGAACACCACUUAUGUAUUGUGUAUUAGCUGACAGACUGGACUGUGCAGAUACUCUCUUGAAAGCAGGAGCAGAUGUUAAUAAAACUGAUCAUAGCCGGAGAACAGCCCUCCAUCUUGCAGCUCAAAAGGGAAAUUAUCGUUUUAUGAAACUCCUACUUACACGUAGAGCAAACUGGAUGCAAAAGGACCUGGAAGACAUGACUCCUUUGCAUUUGACCACUCGACACAAAACCCCCAAGUGUUUGGCACUUUUGCUGAAGUUCAUGGCACCAGGAGAAGUGGAUACACAGGAUAAAAACAAGCAAACGGCUCUGCAUUGGAGUGCCUACUACAACAACCCUGAGCAUGUGAAGCUGCUUAUCAAGCAUGAUUCCAACAUUGGGAUUCCUGACGUCGAAGGCAAGAUUCCACUUCACUGGGCAGCCAACCACAAAGACCCCAGUGCAGUUCAUACAGUGCGAUGCAUUCUGGAUGCUGCUCCAACGGAAUCUUUAUUGAAUUGGCAAGACUAUGAGGGUCGAACCCCUCUUCAUUUUGCCGUGGCUGAUGGGAAUGUGACAGUGGUCGAUGUCUUGACCUCCUAUGAAAGCUGCAAUAUAACAUCUUAUGAUAACUUAUUUCGAACCCCACUUCAUUGGGCAGCUUUACUAGGCCAUGCACAGAUUGUCCAUCUCCUUUUAGAAAGAAAUAAGUCUGGAACCAUCCCAUCUGACAGCCAAGGAGCAACACCCUUACACUACGCAGCUCAGAGUAACUUUGCCGAAACAGUGAAAGUGUUUUUAAAACACCCUUCAGUAAAAGAUGAUUCAGACCUGGAAGGAAGAACAUCCUUUAUGUGGGCUGCUGGAAAAGGCAGUGAUGAUGUCCUUAAGACUAUGCUGAGUUUGAAAACUGACAUUGAUAUUAACAUGGCAGACAAAUAUGGAGGUACAGCUUUACAUGCUGCUGCCCUUUCUGGCCAUGUCAGUACCGUGAAGUUAUUACUGGAAAAUAAUGCGCAAGUAGAUGCUACUGAUGUCAUGAAACACACACCACUGUUUCGAGCUUGUGAGAUGGGACACAAGGAUGUGAUUCAGACACUUAUUAAAGGAGGAGCAAGAGUAGAUCUAGUUGACCAAGAUGGGCAUUCUCUUCUACACUGGGCAGCUCUGGGAGGAAAUGCAGAUGUUUGCCAGAUACUGAUAGAAAAUAAGAUCAAUCCGAAUGUGCAGGAUUAUGCAGGAAGAACCCCUUUGCAGUGCGCUGCCUACGGGGGUUACAUCAAUUGUAUGGCAGUACUCAUGGAAAACAAUGCAGACCCUAACAUCCAAGACAAAGAGGGUAGAACAGCUUUGCACUGGUCCUGUAACAAUGGAUACCUUGAUGCCAUUAAAUUACUACUAGACUUUGCUGCUUUCCCUAAUCAGAUGGAAAACAAUGAAGAGAGGUAUACUCCCCUUGACUAUGCUUUGCUUGGGGAGCGCCAUGAAGUGAUUCAGUUCAUGUUGGAGCGUGGUGCCCUGUCCAUUGCAGCUAUACAGGACAUCGCUGCCUUCAAAAUCCAAGCCGUCUACAAAGGGUACAAGGUCAGAAAAGCUUUCCGAGACCGGAAAAACCUCCUCAUGAAGCAUGAACAGUUGAGAAAAGAUGCUGCUGCCAAAAAACGGGAGGAAGAAAAUAAGCGCAGAGAAGCAGAGCAGCAGAAGGGGAGGCUGAGCCCAGAUUCCUGCAGGCCCCAAGUCCCUCCCUGUAUGCCCAGCACCCAAGAUGAGCCCCACAGGCAGAGCUGCGCCGCCAGCAACACUGCCCAGGACCCCGAGAGGAGAGCCCGCAGAGAGUCUCCAAGCAGAGAAUCUCCAGCUAGUGUCCCCCCAAAGGAACAGCACCUUUCUCCAGAUGUGCAGGAAACGGAACCCAGAAAGUCCAGUGAAUCAUCCAGAGAACAUCUUAAAGGCCGAUCUUCCUGUGUCCACUUUAGACCCAGUGAAGGCAAAGAUGGAAACAGGCGAUCAGGAGUUUCCUCUAUUGAGAAGUCAAGAGGUGAGACAAUUGGCGAGCAGCGAUGUGACAAGAGAAAAGGCUUCCCGAAACCGCCUUCCUGCGUCAGGGCUGCUGGUGCUGAGGAGAAGGGAGAGGACCCCCGUGGGGCAGCGAGCCUUCCCCCACAGGAGAGUCCCUGGAAGCUCAGCGGGCAGCACAGUGAAGCACGCAAGGCCAAAUGUGCCUCCCAGAAAAGGCGCUUUUCUGACCUGAAAGGAGGGAGGUUCUCGCCAGCAGGUUCUAGCCGGCCCGGCAGUGCCAAGAUGGAGGUGGCGCAUGCAGGGCAGAACCCUCUCCACCAUCGGACCCCAAAGAACAAAGUGACCCAGGACAAGCUCACAGGAGGGAGCUACUCAGAUUCACCACACAGCACAGAGGUGUUGAGGUCAGGGAUCAGAAAAUUGAAACUAUCUGCGCGGUCGGAAGACACUCAGACAUCUAAGGAGACUGAUCCAGCACCUGGUCCCCUUUCUGCACAGACUGUGAAUAUUAACCUUCUCCCUGUAGAGCUGCGGCUGCAGAUAAUCCAGAGAGAGAGGAGCAGGAAAGAGCUGUUUCGCAAAAAGAACAAAGCAGCAGCCAUCAUCCAGAGGGCCUGGAGAAGCUUCCAACUCAGAAAGCAUCUAUCCCACCUGGUGCAGAUGAAACAACUUGGAGCCAGAGAUGUGGACAGAUGUAACCAAAAGUGCAUGGCAUUGCUCCUCCAGGCUUGGAAGAAGGAACUGGAACUAAAACCCCCGAAGACCAUUGCUGUUAGCAGGACCAUCAAGGGUUCAUCCAAGAGCAAUUCAGGCACAAAGUCUAAGAGGCAUGCAGUGCUGAAGCAGAUCUAUGGUUCUCAUGAAGGAAAAGUCCAUCCCACAAGAUCUUCAAAAACCCACUCUGUGCUGCAUCUCAGUUCAGUGAGCAGUUUGCAGUGUAUACACCUCCUUGAGAAUGGUGGAAGAUCCAGGAAUUUUUCUUACAACCUGCAAUCAGCUACUCAAUCAAAAAACAGAGCAAAACUUCAGCUGCCUGUGGAGGAAGAUGGAGUACGGGGGAGCUGGAAUAACCACAUAUUGUCAAAACCAGAAGAUUGAAGCUGAUACAACACUACUAACUCAGCCUGAAUAUUUUGGGGGUCAACACCUACUAGGAAGAUCAAAUUGAUCAAGUUUUCAAACUUAAUAUAUUCUAACCC